CUAUAAAUAUUUAUCAUGAGGAAGCUAGUUGAUACACCAACCAAUUUCAAGAUACAGUUGCCAAAUACCAACAUGAAACCAACCAUCGCUCCUCUGUACCUUUCCUUGUUUCUUCACAUCCUCACCCUACUUGUAUCCGGUGAUCCACCACCUAUCUACACUCCUGUGGAAGAUAUCACCCUCAACUGUGGCUAUUCCGGUAGCUUACAGGAUUUCUAUAGUAACCGGAAUUGGACUGGAGAUAUCAACUCAAAGUUGUCCCCCAUAGAAGCUGGUAACACCACCUCCCAAGUCAAAGAAGCACCACCUUCCUCCUCCUCAGCUAGCCAAGUACCAUACACCACAGCACGGUUAUCUCGUUACGAAUUUACAUACCGAUUUGACAACCUCACUUCUGGCCAGAAGUUCAUUCGGUUGUAUUUCAACCCAGCUUCGUACCCAAACUUCGAGCGCUCCAAAGCCCUCUUCUCUGUCAAAGUUGGUCGAUAUACGCUUCUCAAUGACCUCAAUGCUUCAGCUACUGCGGAUGCUAAUUCGGUGGAGACUCUAUAUAGAGAAUUCUGUUUAAACAUUGACGACGGAGGAGAGAGUAUAAACAUCACGUUCACUCCAAGCACCAAAGCCAAAGGUGCAUACGCAUUUAUCAACGGAAUUGAAAUCGUUUCGAUGCCAACCAAUCUUUACUACUCAGCAGCACAGAGCAAGGGGGUGGAAUAUCUGGGCAACGAAGUGAACUAUUACAUCGAAAACAGCACUGCACUGGAGACGGUCUACCGAAUCAACGUCGGCGGAGGCCCCAUCUCGCCGGACACAGACACCGGAAUGUACCGGAUUUGGGAAACUGCCGACGAAACUUAUUUGGAUAAUAUAAGUAAAAAAGAAAGCGUGCUAUCACAGAACAAUACAAUCGAGCUCAACUUCGUUACAGUUCCAAAAUACUCUGCUCCAAAACCAGUUUACACAACAGGUCGGUCAAUGGGGAGGAACAAAACCAUCAACAAGAGCUACAAUCUCACAUGGGCAUUUCCUGUGGACUCAAACUUCUCGUACCUGGUUAGGCUGCACUUUUGCGAGUUCGAGUCUGUCAUUACUCAACCUAGGGACCGAGCAUUUCUAAUCUACAUAGCCAAUAUAACCACAGAGGAAGUAGCUGACGUAAUAAUGUGGAGCGGUGGGAAUGGGAGUCCGGUAUACAGGGACCAUAUUGUAUACAUGGCUGGCCCUGUGAACUCAAACAAAGUAAAUCUCUUUGUUGCACUUCAAGCAAGCCCUUACGAUUGGUUUACUAUCUACACCGAUGCCAUCUUGAACGGGCUCGAGAUCUUCAAACUAAAUAACUCAAAUGGUAAUUUAGCCCAAACAAGCCUAAAGGCGAUGCAGUCAAGCCCCAACAAGCCCAACAAGAAGUCGACUCAUAUGCUUGCCAUUGCGGUCAGCGGAGUUUCUUGCAUAAUACUGGUACUUUUUCUCUCUUUGCUCGGCUUUUUUGUCUUUAGCGGAGGGGAGUGGGAAGUCAAAGACUCUGGCUAUAGCUACCGAAUAGAAAACUCACUACCGUCUGAUUUGUGCCAUUACUUUUCACUGACGGACAUCAAGGCUGCCACCAAAAACUUCGAUGACAGUUUUAUUAUUGGAGUUGGCGGGUUUGGCCACGUGUACAAAGGACACUUUGAUGAUGGGGCCACCCUCGUUGCAAUCAAACGGCUCAAAGCCACAUCAUCACAGGGCAUCCAUGAGUUCAUGACAGAAAUCAAGAUGCUCUCUGGAUUGCGCCACCGCCAUUUGGUGUUUUUGAUCGGAUAUUGUGCCGAUCAAGGUGAGAUGAUCUUAGUGUAUGAUUACAUGGCACACGGAACCCUCCGGGACCAUCUCUACCACACCGACAACCCGCCUCUUCCCUGGGAGAAGCGACUUCAGAUUUGCAUAGGCACAGCUCGAGGGUUGCAAUACCUUCAUAGUGGUACAAAGGGCACCAUCAUUCACCGAGAUGUGAAGAGCACAAACAUAUUAUUGGAUGACAAAUGGGUGGCCAAAGUUUCAGAUUUUGGGUUGUCUAAGGGCACGACUAACAUGUCCAAAACCCAUAUCAGCACGGUGGUGAAAGGCAGUUUUGGGUAUCUGGACCCGGAAUACUACCGCCAACAACGUCUGACUGAGAAGUCAGACGUGUACUCACUUGGUGUAGUAUUGUUUGAGGUAUUGUGUGCGAGGCCAGCAGUGAUUCAGACAGAAGAGCUGAAGCAAGUGAGCCUGGCUGAGUGGGCCAAGAUCUGUCAUCAGAAUGGGGAACUUGAUCAAAUCAUUGAUCCAAGUUUGAGAGGUAAGAUCGUAGCCGAGUGCCUGAAUAAGUUCACUGAGGUAGCCAUCAGUUGCAUGCAUGACAAUGGAUCAGAACGGCCAACCAUGACUGAUGUUGUUAGGGGGCUUCAAGUUGCAUUGCAGCUUCAGCAGUGUGCAGAAGGGAAUAUCAACUGCAUUGAAAGGAAUGUUGAAACUGAAACAAGUAGUAGUGAGCAAAGUUAUGCCACCAACAAUUCCAUAAAAUGUAUAUCAGCAACUAUCUUCUCUGAGAUUAACAACUCAAGUGGGAGAUGUACAGAAAAUUCCAUGAAACCCAUUAUUCGUCCUCUCUACCUUUCCCUGUUUCUGCACAUCAUCUCCCAACUCGUGGUCAGUGAUUCGCAACAUAUCUACACUCCGAUUGAAGAUAUCACCAUUGCCUGUGGCGAUUCCGGCACCCAAAUCAGUAAGUCUGAUAACCGAACUUGGAGCGGAGAUAUCAACUCAGAAGUCUUCCCCUUCGAACAACACCAAGUUGGUAACAAUACAUCCCAAGUCAGAAAAGCACCAACGUCGUCCUUCACAGGCAGAGUGCCGUACACCACCGCAAGGGUUUCUCACUCCAAAUUCACAUACAGAUUUUCGCUAACUACGGGCCAGAAGUUCAUACGUUUGUAUUUCUACCAUGCUUCAUAUGCUAACUUUGACCGCUCCAAAGCCCUGUUUUCCGUCGAAGCCGGUGGCCAUACCCUUCUCCAAGACUUCAAUGCUUCAGCCACUGUGGAUGCUGCUGGGGUGGAGACGAUAUACAGAGAGUUCUGUUUGAACAUUCAUGAUGGAGAUCAGAUUCUGAACAUUAUAUUCACUCCAAGCAAAGCCAAGCAGGCAUAUGCCUUUAUCAACGGAAUCGAAAUUGUGUCCAUGCCGACCUAUCUUUACUACACUGCACCUCAGAGCAAUGCGCCUGAUUAUAUAGGCGGGGGAGACAGAUUUCCUAUUGAGGAGAACACUGCUAUAGAGAUGGUUUACCGAAUCAAUAUCGGUGGCAGCUCAGUCUCAUCCAAUCAAGAUACUGGAAUGUAUCGCAAUUGGGAUGGUGAGGAUGAGACCUACUUGGAUGAAUCAAUUAGAAAUCUAACUGUUUCACUGUCCAACCCAAGCAUUCAACUCAAGUUUGCCAGAAUACCUGAAUACAGUGCGCUGAAAGAAGUUUACCAAACAGGCCGCUUAAUUGACAACAACAAGACAAACAACAAGAGCUACAAUCUCACCUGGGAAUUUCCUGUAGAUUCUAACCAUCCCUACCUGGUUAGGCUGCAUUUUUGUGAGCUUGAGCCCGAAAUUACCAAGAUUGGAGGGCGGAAUUUUCUAAUUUACAUAGAUAAUCAAGCCACAGAUAAACCAGAGAUAGUCGAAUGGAGUGGUGGAAAUGGGAUACCAGUAUACAGAGACUACGAGGUGGUCUUGUCUAUCCCAGAAAGGCAAAAGAAAGCAAGUCUUGUUAUCACACUGCAAGCAUUCCAACUGGAUUGGAUGAUUCAAUACAACAAUGCAAUCUUGAAUGGGCUUGAAAUCUUGAAACUGAUCGACUCAAAAGGCCCUCAAGCCGGAAGCAGCACCAACCCGAAGGUGACACCGCUAAGCCCAAGAACUUCAAAGAGUUCAAGUCCUGUGCUUGCCAUCGUUGCUGGUGUAGUUUCCAGCAUAGUAGUAUUCUCUGCCCUUGGAUUCUUGAUUUUCAGGCAAAGAUGGAAAAACAAGGAGUCCGGCUCCAGCCACAGGACAAUGAAAUUAACAAUGACCCCCAGCUCUUCACCGUCUUAUUUGUGUCGUUACUUCUCACUGGCAGAGAUCAAAGCCACCACCAAGAACUUCAAUCAUAAUUUCAUUAUUGGUGUUGUGGGAGGAUUCGGCAAUGUGUACAAAGGAUGCAUUGAUGGUGGAGCCAAUCUCGUUGCUAUUAAACGACUGAAACCUGAGUCAUCCCAAGGUGCCCACGAGUUCAAGACAGAAAUUGAGUUGCUCUCCCAACUUCGUCAUCGCCAUUUGGUUUCACUCAUUGGAUACUGUACUGAUAAAGGUGAGAUGAUCUUGGUAUAUGAUUACAUGGCCCGUGGAUCCCUCCGUGAUCAUCUCUACCACACCAAUAACUCAACUCUUUCUUGGGAACAACGGCUUCAGAUUUGUAUCGGCACGGCUCAAGGGCUGCAGUACCUUCAUGGCGGUGCCAAGGGAACCAUCAUUCACCGUGACGUGAAGAGCACAAACAUCUUAUUGGAUGAGAAAUGGGUGGCCAAGGUUUCGGAUUUUGGGUUGUCAAAAAUGGAGAGCCCCAACAUGUCCAAGACCCACAUAAGCACGGUAGUGAAGGGCAGCUUUGGGUAUCUAGACCCAGAAUACUACCGACGACAAAGAUUAACUGAGAAGUCAGAUGUGUACUCAUUUGGUGUGGUUUUGUUUGAGGUACUAUGUGCAAGGCCAGCUGUGAUAAAUACAGAGGAGAUGAGGCAAAUGAACUUAUCUGAGUGGGCCAAAAGCUGUCAUCACAAGGGGGAACUUGAUCGAAUCAUCGACCCAAGCUUAAUGGGUAACAUUGCAACCGAGAGCUUGAAUAAAUUUGUUGACAUUGCAAUGAGCUGUGUGCAUGAAAAUGGUGUUGAAAGACCGUCCAUGGAUGAUGUUCUCAGGGGGCUUGAGUUUGCGUUGCAGAUUCAUCAUAGCCCAGAGAAGGAUAUCAACUCCAUUGAAAGGAAGGUAGAAACUGAAACAAGUAGUGGAGAACCAAGUUGUGCGACCAAAGAUUCCAUUACAUGUAUAUCUGGGACAAUCUUCUCUGAGAUCAACAAUCCAAGUGGGAGAUGAUGAGCAUCUUUUUGAAGACUGAGACGAAUCUGAAUAGAAUUAUGAUAUCAGUGUUGGGAAAAUAUGUUGCAUAUUCAACCAUCUAUAGUAAAACCCAAUUGAAUGUAAACUUCAUUGCAAUGACUCAUUCAAAUCACAUUAAAGAGA